CUGGAAGUAAACUAACUAGUUAACUAACUUACCUUACCACCCCCGCGAAGUUAGCGGCUUACUUUAGUUAUCAUCGCAGCCUCGAUUCCAUCCAGACUGCUCGACAUUGGCAACCACAGGGCGUCGAGGGGCAGUCAUCAUCCAUGGAUGCUAGUAUAUCCAUUUGUCAAGAUGGUGCAGAUGACGCCUUCGCAUUAAAGUCUCCCGAGAAAGGUAGAUCAGCCUUUUGUGGGGGAAAUCUAACGGAGAGGGGUAAGUUGGAGGUUAUAUCCGAUAUAUCUAAAGUCCUGGCAUUUCUUUAUUGUCGAUGCUUUCCUUCCAACCGUCGCUGUCGCAAGCUUUCGUAAGCGGAAUCCGAUCUAGUUAGUUAACUUUAACUAAUUAUAAAUCCGUUUAUAAAUCCAGCUUGAGAACGAGGUGGUGGUAGUAUCUCAUGGUGUCUAUCCAGUAUCGUCCUCCAUGUACCCAUACUAUACAACAAGGCCAUCAAAGUCAAAUAUAUUUGCAUGCCACGACAAUUGCGGCGGUUGUCUCUAACUGGUGCUUCUCAGCACUGACUGAUGGAAAACAUAUUCAUCAUCUUGACACGUGUUAUCGCCCUUGCCCUGGUGAACUCUUCGAAGGCGCUCGGAUACACAUUCAAUUCAAAUAUUUCUAUACUAGCACAGCUCUCUCCAGCAUAUUCGAAAUCUCCGAUUGAUCCCAUGUCUUUCGUCAUCGCAGGGAGCGUGCCAUGGCACGAGGGCGAAAAGAAAAUGCACAAAUUGAUGCAUAGCCCGGAAAAAUAUAACCCCACUACUCCCUAUCUCAGUCCUGGCGCGGCAUAUCUCAUUCAGAAAUCGCCGCUAAUCGCUCUAGGCAUCACGGACACUCAGGGACGCCCAUGGACGACUAUAUGGGGUGGAGAAACUGGCUUCGCCGGACCAGUAGCGGAGUCUAUAAUCGGGAUCAGGAAUUUUGUCGAUAAGACAUAUGACCCUGUCGUGGAAACGCUAUAUGGUGGUAAGAGCAAUGGUGAGGUUGUUAAGGAGGAGGGAAAGGGCCGGUUGAUGUCUGGGCUAUCUCUAGAUAUGGAGACUAGGAAAAGGGUGAAGUUGAUGGGGAGAAUGGUUGCAGGAAAUCUAGCAGGCUUGGAGGCUACGGAUCCCGAUAAGCAGGGAAACGAACCUCUACAUGCUGGCCAAGCCCAGCUUGUUGUUAAAAUUGAGCAGAGUAUCGGAAAUUGCCCGAAAUAUAUCAACCGAAAGCAAAUCACCCCAGUUGUGCCAAACCCAAAGUUGAUAUCUGACUCACCACAGCUUCCCCCUGAGGCUAUCGAACUUCUCAGCCAGGCCGACACCCUCUUCAUAUCAUCAUCCUAUGAAGAAUCUAUGGGUACCAACAUUCGCGGGGGCGCACCAGGGUUCGUCCGUGUAGUCUCUAAUGGUAUUAACGGAGCUGUAAUAGCCUACCCGGAAUACUCCGGAAAUCGCCUCUACCAAACAUUAGGCAACUUACAAAUGACUCCACUUGCAGGAUAUGUGUUCCCUGGCUUUGAAAACGGCAACGUUCUCUACCUUACCGGGAAAACAGAAAUUCUGGUUGGGAAGGCUGCAGCGGCUCUCCUUCCUAGGUCCAAUCUAGCCGUCAAAGUCAUAGUAACAAGCGCGAGAUAUGUUGAAAAUGGCCUUGCAUUUCGAGGACAGCCGGGUCAGCCGUCUCCAUAUAACCCGCCGGUACGGUACCUAACCACUGAAAAGGUGGCGCCAUCCAUUCAGGUGCCAGACGAGAAUUCUACGACGGCGACGGUCAUCAAAAAAGAUAUCAUAACGCCUUCCAUUGGUCGAUUCCGAUUCAAAGUCUCAGAUCCCUCACAGGUGGGGAAAUGGACUCCCGGGCAGUACGCAACGCUUUCGUUCGCUGGUGAACUUGAUAUGGGAUAUAGCCAUAUGAAAGAUGACGACCCCACGAGCAUCAACGACGAUUAUAUCCGCACCUUCACCGUAUCAUCAUAUCCAGGGAGGGGUAUUUCUGACGACGAGUUUGAAAUUACAGUGAGGAAACACGGCGCCACCACAAGGCACUUGUUCCAGUCAAACGAGCGGAGUGGAGUUGAAGUGCUGCUUAAGGGGUACGCCGGCGAUUUCAGGUUCAAAGCCAAUACCGAGGGUGAAAACGCGUCUCUUCCUUAUAUUGCUGGUGGGAUAGGGAUUACUCCUCUCAUCGCGCAACUUCCAGGAAUAGAUAUACACCGACUACGACUUUUCUGGUCUGUUUCCGUUCAAGAUCUAGGCCUCGUGCUGGCCACAUUCAAACUGUUCCCUGAACUUCCCAAAUCUACCGUUCUCUUCAUCACCGGCUCGCAGUCAACGGAGAGACCCCUAACAGAGGACGAGAAAACUAAUUUAACAGCUAUAAACGAUUCUGGGGUACAGUUCCAUUACCGGCGAAUGGAGGCAGGUGAUCUGGAUGUUCCAGGGGCGGAGGAGUGGUAUCUUUGUGCGGGCACGAGUUUGAAGGCUUCAGUGCUGAACUGGCUUGUGGGGAAGAAAAUUGUUUAUGAAGAUUUCGGCUACUGAGUUUUUGAUAUGCCCACACUUGCACUGUUUGAUAUUUUAUUAAUUUGCCCACAUCGUUAGUUGCCCUUUAUCUGGCACAUGAUGAUAUUGAUCAUAAUGAGACCUAGAAUAUAUUACAUGUAUAUGCGUAACAUCAUCAACUUCAAGGAUUAUAUAUUAUAUAUAUAUAUACUUAGACAUUUUUGAGUAAAUUAAUCAUUGUUGCUCGUGGA